AUGCCUGGACUGAACCAGAUGAUUCCCCGCCCCGACUCCAGGGAACUCCUUCCACCCCUCCUCGCCUGUCUAUCAACGGCUAGUGCGUCAAAGGACGUACCUCCGGGCCUCCUACCUCUUCUGUCGCCUAUCCUUCGUCAACGAGUACAGCUCCUAUCAUCCACUGAGUGGCUCUCGCUGCUUUGCUGGGACCAAGAAGUGGCAGGACGUCUACCACAAAUCAUCGAAACGAUCAAUGUAGAGCCGCAUCCGUCCUCGGGCGAGAUCGAAGUGGAGGAGCCAGACCAAAUACUGUACAGGCGGUCAGAUCCCGAGACACUACACUCGAAAUUGAUACUGGGCGAAUACAACCUCAUACCUACAUAUCUUUGGUGCACAGGUGGAGAGGGAGGGAGUCGAUGGCUACUGGCUGAGCUGAGAGGGACAGCGGACGCCGAGGACGGCACCGAAUGGUUUGAAAGCAUCGCCGAAGCUGACGAAGCGGGAUUCAGGCGAAAGCCAAUCCCAGGCAAGAGCAACGGCAUCAAACCUCAAGAGUUGACAAUACAAGCGGAACCUGCUGUGACAGAGGAGGACGACGAUGGCUCGUAUUGGGCUGCCUACGAUCAGACACCCGGACGUACACCGCAGCCACAACGUUCCCCUGCUCCACGAGCCAGCGGUACGACGCAAAUCGGACCCACGCAAUCAGAACUUGAAUACUUUGCGCGCUACGCCUCUGAGGUGCAGCCUGCGCUAGACGCGCACGACCCAGACGAGGAAAACCCGGCGGCCGGUGAGUCUACUCUCAACGGCAAUGCGCUCAGCUACAACCGGAUGCCCCAGACGGAACCCCUGGAGACAUCCAACCUUGGUCCUAAUGGUUACGACUCGUCCAUGCCACCGGCGUAUACGAACAAUCUCAAUGUCGGCGCUAUCCACGGCAAUGACAGCGCAGCCCUCAUCUUCUGCUUCUUCAAAUUCCGUGGAGAGACUGGAACGCAAGGCACAAGACUCAAGCUCAGGCAGAGCUUGCCAUCAAGCAACAUAUCAGCACAGAUUAUCAAGAGCUUGUUCCGCUUGGCGAGAGCGUCGGGCAUCGAUAGGGAAGAGUUUGAAAGAAUCAUCCAAAGGGAACUUGAGGUGCUACCGUUCCUUGAGCAGGAGAUGUCGUAG